GCUUCGCAGGUUCCUCGCGAUCGAGUUCAUCGAAAGAUCCCUCGUACGAUGAGAUCGGUGCACAGGGUUGUCAGAGAACCCUCGUUCUCUCACUAUUUAUCGUUUCCGAUAGAUCAACGAAAGUUUUACGGGAUUCGCGAUCGACGAAAUCACGCGGUAUAAAAAUUCACGAAAUACCGCAUUGAAAUUUGAAAUGGAAAAUAAAAUGAAUAAAAGAGCUCGUUAAAUCGUUAUCUAUUCUCCGCUUGCACGUUUCGCACCGGAUUUAAUUGGCCGAUUAAAUUAAUGGAAAAAAUUUCAUUCAACGAUAUCAAGCCUCGAAUGAAUAUUAAUUUAUUAAAUUGUUAACCAAAUUUUAACGUAAUUAAAAUAAUUCGAUUAUAAAUAGAGCUAGUUAAAAUAAUAUACUAAAAAAUCUCACAAGUUUUCGAUCCAGUAUCAUUAUGAGGAAUAUCCAGGCAAGGAAUUAUGGUGCUCAUAUAUCUAUACGUAUACAUUUAAGGAGAAGCAACAGAUUGCAUUUCGCUCGUGUUGAGAUCAGCGAUCGAUCGAAUCCGUUGCAGCAGCCCAGCUUUAAGAAAACUAUAUAAAUAACUUAUAACAAAACGAAUAAAUAAACACGAUGAAGGUGGCAACGGGAUAGUCGUAUGAAAGGUUCGAAACAAUGUAUAAAGAUAAAUAAAGCAAAGUAUUCUUUGACUUGGAGCCAUUUUUUUUGGCUUCUCCGCAUAUUUCGACGAGUUUGAAAGAGCAUGCUCGCAGAAGGAGGGAGAGAAAAUUCGGGAGUCGCUGAAAACUCGUUUUUCCUACCCCGAGGCAACUGCGCGUGAUAUUUUCAAUCAGGACAAGCGAUCGGGUCGGUGAAUCUUCAUUAAUACGGUGAUGAAGCAGCUCUGCACAUUUGUUACCGAAACUGUGCGCCGUGCAUAAAUUUAUAUGAGUAAAAUAAAAUAAAGAAGCUUCGACAAGAUGAUAAACAAAUGUUAACUUUAAUUAAACUUCAACACUACAUAUUCAGUACAAAAGUGCUUUACUAAACAAGGUAUUCUCGACAAUCAAUUAUAUUUCUUACGCGUGUUGUUGAAAUAAAUCGUGACGCGAUUAAAAAUACUUUAAAUAAUACAAAUCAUCGUGCAACUCUUUGACGUCAUGCUUAGCCCGAAAAUGCAGAGGACCGUGCGGGUCAACGAUUCGCAAAUAAUAAUGCUCUCUGAGAGAGCACAUUACGACCACUCGCUCGCCGGAUAUUUGCACAAACGAACCGCGGACUCGGCCAAGUGGCAACUUCGCUGGUUCGUACUUUACCAGAAUUUACUGUUCUACUACGAGAGUGAGACGUACACACGACCCAGCGGGAUAGUAUUGCUGGAGGGUUGUUACUGCGAUCGUCUUAUAACAGCUCGAGGCAAAGAGCCCGACAAGCAGCAUUGUUUCGCGAUAUCGUACAGAAGAGAGAAUCAGCGUCAGUACGAGUUGAAAGCAGCCACUGAAUCGGACUGUAAAACAUGGAUCGAGGCCAUACGCGAAGCGAGCUUCAACAAAUUGAUGCUGCAGAAGGAAGAGCUCGAGCAGAAACAUCUCCACCUGUUGCAGAUCGUUGAGAGCGAAAAAACCGCAAAAUGGCAAUAUACUCAGCAAUGCGAGGAUCUUGCUUCAGAAAUAAAGAAACUACGGGCCGAGUUGUGCGCUAUGAAAAGGGACCUGCGACCCAGUACAGUUGCGUUUUCGACGCACGCGAGCGAGCGAGGCUUAUUGCAGAGAACAAUGUCGCAGACGGUGCCAGGAUCAAUGGCAAUUUCAAGCAACUAUGGAAUCCUCGGUGGACUCACUGGCUCAAAUUUACAAGGUCACGGAAACAUCAGCGGUUUUCGUGGCAUUGCUGAGGGCUCCAACGAUAUGGAAAAAAUAAAAAAGGUUCAAAGUUUCUUUCGAGGAUGGCUCUGUCGACGCAGGUGGAAACAAAUCGUUGAGCAAUAUAUCAAGAGCCCUCACGCCGAGAGCAUGAGAAAACGGAACAGUUUGGUUUUCCAAAUGGUCGAAGCCGAGGAAGAAUACACCGAGCAAAUGGAGGUUCUGGUCAGCUGUUUUUUGAGACCAUUUAAAAUGGCUGCUAGCUCAAAGAAACCACCGUGCAACCACGAGGACGUAAAUAGCAUAUUUUUGAAUAGCGAGACUGUACUAUUUCUCCAUCAAAUAUUCCUCAAGGGUCUCAUAUCUCGUAUGGAAAGUUGGCCAACUCUUGUCCUCGGCGACCUCUUCGAUAUGCUCCUACCGAUGCUUUCGAUUUACCAGGAAUACGUGAGGAAUCAUCAUUACAGCUUACAAGUGUUGACUGAGUGCAAACAAUCUUCUCAGUCAUUUUGUGCCCUGCUAAAUCGACUGGAAACCAAGACUGCCUGUCAUGGACGGUCGCUCGAAGAUUUCCUAACUUAUCCCAUGCAUCAGGUACCGAGGUACAUAGUAACUUUGCACGAAGUUCUUGCUCAUACACCUCACGAUCACGUGGAACGAAAAAGCUUGCAAAAUGCAAGGCAACAGUUGGAGGAUUUGUCGAGGCAGAUGCACGACGAAGUUAGCGAGACUGAAAACUUGCGAAAAAACUUGGCUGUCGAGCGCAUGAUCGUCGAAGGCUGCGAUAUCAUUUUAGACGUCAAUCAAGUCUUCGUAAGACAGGGGACUCUUAUUCAAAUUUUGGACAAACCUCGGGGAGUUCGAAGCAGAUUGAGUGCAACGUUUGGUGGAAAAGCAGCCGGCGAUAAAGAGGCUCUGAGGCAGUGUUUUCUUUUUUCAAAUCAUCUCAUACUUUGCACGCGACAAUCUGACGACGACGGACGUCUCAAUCUUGUACCCAGCAUUGGGAAGAUUCCUCUCUCUGAUGCUGUACUUAUAGAAGAUCCCAGUGAACAGAGCGUCGCUGAUGAUGACGAAUUGUCAGUUUGCUCGAUUUCGAGCGGCAUCAGCGAGAGUAGUGGCAGCGGUAGCGGAAGUGGGAGUGCACCGUUGCAGAAUCGUGAUUUCAAAAUUGCAUUCGACGUGAAAUCUGGCGGACCACCGGUGUCCAUACAUCUUGUGGCGCCCACGAUGCAGGAAAAAGCUGCGUGGAUAAGUGACAUAAGCCAGUGUCUGGACAACGUGCAUUUCAAUGAUUUUCUUCAUGGCUCGUUGUCGGAUACGAGCUCGGUGACGAUGCCGCAGUCGGUGAGGAAUGAUCCGAAGCUUUUCAAAGACGACGUGGACAUAAGAUUCAGUCGAACGUUGAACUCUUGCAAACUGCCGCAAAUACGUUACGCUACCCCGGAACGUUUGCUCCAGAGGCUGACCGAUUUACGUUUUCUAAGCAUCGAUUUCCUCAACACCUUUUUACUUACUUAUCGUGUGUUUACUGACGGCGUCACCGUCCUCGAGGCACUCAAAAAAGUGUUUUAUGACGCCGAACCUCCGGACUCUCAAAUACCAAGCGGCUCGCUCGUAUCUCUGGAUCAUCUCGGUGGCACGAGCGGAGAACCUCACCAUCAGAUCGAUGAGAGAAGACGAAGCAGCUCAUCGCCAAGAAGGACCAGCGGUGCGAGCUCAGUUUCCGGAUACGGGUCAGAAGUGAGUGAGCGGGAGCCCCGAGGUCACAGUUAUUACGAAAUUAACAGCUCGAAUCAAGCAGCUAAUUCGAAGGGUCACUGGCGGUCAGGUUAUCGUAAAUUGGAGGAAGAACAGCAGUUGGGCUUGAUAUCGGAAGUUCCACCAAUAAUAAAGCGAAGUCCAACUCUACAAUUGCCCGGUUCAGGAGCUGGGAAGCAGUCGCCAAAAAGCCCACGUAAAGUCAGUAUACGCGAUGAUAGCUCCGAGGAAGACGGUUGCCAUUUGACGAUCCCCAAGGUCAUUGCUGGUUCUUCGAGUUCGGAAACUUUAACAGACAUGGUGGCGACGAGUGCGCCAUCCUCACCGAGCAACCUGAGCUCGGUAACGCUCGUCGGUUCCACCGGCUCGGGUUCUGGUUCUGAUCCGAGUACUCAGGAUGUCGCUGGAAGUUACUCUCGCACGGUUUCAGAAGAAACGGAUACGCCCCUCGCCACCGAAGGUCAUUCCAAGGAUGAAGUACAAUUCACGUACGACAAUCCUGUGCCUCCGGCAUCCCCAAAAUCAGCAAAAUCAAGCCCUCGUCUAAGAUCGAAUGUACGCUCACCACGUACGAGACGUCUGGACUCGGAUCGUGAGGAGCAGGCCUGGACCGACGAGGAAAACUUGAUAUCAUCCGGGGACAUUUACCAUUGUCAUCAUAGUCAUCAGCACGGACAUCACGCCGAACAUAGAGCAUCGACGGCUUCGGCUCCGGCAACUUCCAUGAGGAUUGGAUCGAUCACAACUCCCACUGGAAGUCAUUGGAUGAGUAGGAGAUCGAUUCAAGAGGGUGAACUGGGCUCAGGCAAGCAAGCACCUUGCUGUUAUCAAUACGAUAUUCCCCAGGUUUCCAGCAAGGCAGGAGUUGUGAUCACAAGUUCUCGACAGAGUCAUCGAAGCGUUGGACCCGAACGAAUCUGGAGCAGCACAUCGUCAGCGGCAGCAGCAUUUGCGAUCGCUACCUCCGCGUCGAGUAAUCCACCGGACAAGGCACCAGGACGCCAAUCUGACGAGAACAACCGUAGUGGCUCGUGUCGCGAUCGAAAUAAACGAAAAGAAUCGGUCAUGUCGACUGCUGCAACGAUGCGAGUGCUGAAUGUCCUGAGGCACUGGGUUUCGAAACACGCUCAAGAUUUCGAGCUUAAUCAUCAAUUGAAGAAUUUAACGGUCGAAUUUUUGGAGGACAUCGUUGGAAGUCCGAAUCUUAUACCCGCCGAGCACAAAGCUGCUAGCCAAUUAUUGAGAUUGAUCAGUAAAGAAGAGCCUGAGAGCAGCAAAGUUGAACUGCAUAAACUUCUUGCUCCACCAGCUGUACAAAGCAAAGAAAGUAUAGAAACAUUAUCGGCUCUGGAAAUCGCGGAACAGAUGACUUAUUUGGAUCACAAGAUAUUCGUCACUAUAACGAGCGAAGAAUUCCUAGGCCAGGCUUGGAUGAAAACCGACAAAGCCACUAGAGCUCCACACAUCAUUCUCAUGACUAAAAGAUUCAACGAAGUUUCGCAGCUCGUCGUUUCCGAGAUUGUACGAAGAUCAAACAUUUCCGCUCGCGUUGCGGCAAUCGAAAAAUGGGCUGCUGUUGCGGAUAUUUGUCGAGUGCUUCACAAUUACAACGGAGUACUUCAGAUAUGCGCCGCUUUCACGAACAGCAGUGUUUAUCGACUGAAAAAGACGUGGGAAAAGGUUUCCAAAACUAAUAAACAAAUAAUCGAGAGACUCCAAAACGUCGUGUCCUCCGACGGUCGGUUUCGCAAUCUCAGGGACGCUUUGCAUCGUUGCGAUCCACCGUGCAUACCCUACUUAGGUCUUUAUUUGACCGAUUUAUCCUUCAUUGAGGAAGGCACGCCAAAUUUUACGGAGGACGGUCUCCUGAAUUUUUCGAAAAUGCGAAUGAUUGCUCACGUGAUUCGAGAAAUUCGUCACUUCCAACAGACUCCGUACAAAAUCGAUUUGAUUCCAAAAGUGUCAAAUUAUCUUUUGGACCCGACGCUGUUGCUCGAAGAGGAUGACCUCUACCGAAUGUCGUUGGAAAUCGAGCCAAGGACAUCGAGGCUAAGCAGCUCGACGUUGAUUGGUCUGCCACCGUCGAUUGGCCAAGCGGCACUCAAGAGGGAUAAUUGAAGUUGAAGUUUCGAUAGUGUGUGAGUAAACCACUUUGAAGAAACAUCAAAUUAAAUAAUUAAAAAGAAAAGAAAGCUGGCCAAAAGCAUUUAGAAGAGGAAUAACGUCGAAAAAUAUUCUUAUGCACAUCUUUUUAUCUCAGAAUUGGGUCAAAUGCUCUUUUCUCCUUCCUCUUCUCUGGGCUCACAAUUUCCGUGAUUCUUAGACCAUAAAUACUUGUAGAUUACGUUUUUAUUUUAAAUAGUUAUAACUAGGGCAUAAUGACGAUGAGCAAGAUGCAGUCUUUGCUGAUCUGUCGACGUGUGUACUUAUUUUUCUAUCGAACUUUAUCGUGUACGAAUUUCAUUUACAAAACUUAUUUACAUAAAGGCUAAUCGUUCACACAAUGAUCGAGUCGUCUUCUUUUCCAUUAAAACUAAAUAAAUUUAUGUUUUCGAAUCGUUUUUUCGAUCUAAGGUCUCGUUCAUGGAGAAAAAAAGAACAUAAAACAAAACAUAUCGAGCGAGAGCUAAAAGAAUACAAAGUAAUGUCAACUGGCAUUGCAAAAUUUUGAAAAAUUCUGUCUGAAUUAUACAGACGUUUUGGAUAUUCUCGUCGUAUUAAAAUCGAAGUACCUUCAUGUAUAUAACCAUGUUGUUUUCCUUUCUUCUGUUUUCAAUCAAUUGUGCAGAAUAUUUGAUUUCGUCAGCUAGACCAAAAAGUGAUAGACGAAUUGAGUUAUCGAAUAUUUAACGAUGUCAUGUGUGCCAUUAACGUCUAGUGAGAAAACGACGUGGAAAGGGUUUCCAUUUCGCAUGGUUCAAGCUGCCUCCGUGGUAUGUUCGCUGUACUUGGCAUGUUGUACACUUCCAAUUGUUGGUUACUUGGGACGAGGGUAAGCUAGGAUUGUUGAUGAGUCCCGAAGAAGGCAAAUCCAACGGUCCCGUAAAUCAGAGGCUGCUUAAGCCUUGGAGACUCGAGACCCUCCCACGAAGUUUGACUAAAAAAAUUUCAUAAUUACUUUCACGUGAAAUCGUAUAUUUCGAUUUUUGUCCCAGGAAAGAAAAUUGUUUGGAAAACUAUUAAUACGAAAUGGCCGGAACGGAAAUGAUGAAAGUUUGGAUCAAUUAAAAGUUGCAAAUUAUAUGAAUAUUAUCGUUCAAACCCCGUCCAUUUUCGUCCGCUGUUAAUCGAUACAUACACAUAAAAAUAUACAUUGAACAUGCUGCAGGGUGUUUCCUGGCAUUUCUACGUUCUAAAAGAGCUUCAUGAACUUUUUUUUAUGAGCAACAAUUUCUGUACUUUCAUACCCCGGCAACGCAUUGAGUAUUUGGAAAAAAAAUAAAUUUUUCGUAGACAAAUUCGUUUGGUUGCUGGAAAAUGAAAAAAAAAAAUGAAAUAUUUCUCGUUUAGAUUGAGUUCUGUUGGAACAGAACGUAGAAAAACUUCAAACGAAUCGAGUUGGAACGUAAAAGUAAUGAAAAUUUCCGACGCAUUAUUAACCCCUCGCAAUACAUUUCAAAUGUAUAAAUAUGUUUAUGUAUAUAGUAUAUUGGCGUGUGUGUACAUAAUUCCUGUCAGUCACUGCAUAAAAAACUUAAUGUCUCGAUACUAUCUCGUCUGUGAUUUUGAAUAUUUGUAUAUAACUCAUAAGACCUGAUUAUUUAAAAGACGCCGAAUAGCAUUCGCUGAUCGAUUGAAUUUGACUAGAAUUCGAACACGAAUAAUCUGAAAGGAUUAGAGACAAAUUUCCAAUUUUAUUUCAUAAUUUCAAACAGAAAUAUCUCAAGUAAAAAUAAAGCCAAUGGAUGCUAAUUUUUCAUUGGAACAAAACAAUUCUAACAUCAAUCGAAUUUGUUCAGUUUACUAUUCAAAAAAAUACUGUUAACCUGGACUCAAAUGACAAAGGCCUAAAUAAUCUCGAAAAUGUAGAGUUCGUGGCCACAAAAGUUGGAGAGUUAAACUCUGUCGAUCAUCGAAAGCUUUGAUUUGCUUUUUUUUUUUAACGGCUCGUGUAACUAAGACGAAAAUAGAGCUUAAGUUACGACGGAUGAAAAAAAAAACUGGUUUUUAGUUCGCUCAACCUUGACAGUAUUAUUAUUGGAAGGAAAAUUACUAAAAUAUUUAAAAAAUAAAUAAUAUGCUGUGGAAGUAUUAAUUUUAGAUCUGUUGAGCAGAGAAAAAAAUUCAAAUUUUAAUUAUAUGCAUAAGAGAUUCUAUGAUUGCUGUUCUUGUCACCAUCGAUUCAGUGGUUUCGAUAACUUUGUGAUUUAUUUCUCUCAAUAAAAGGGCCUGUGAGCAUCACAGCCCGGAGUUCAUUUCACGAAGUUGACGAAGGAAUCGACGGUUACACUUCCUUGCAUCUGAGUCGUCACAUUUCUGAUACUGAGCUCACGGGAUCAAGCUUUUACAGCUCAGAUUCCCAAGAGACUCUCUCCCUUCUUUGAAGACAAUGAUCGUUAAUCCUAAGCUCUUACUCGGAGCAAAUUUGACCCAAGCUAAAAUCGAUCAUCUGCAAGAAUAUUUAGUUUCAUGUUUCUUCAACUUUAACCUGGGUGAACCAAUCAUUUGCUGACAUUGCGCCUUGCACCCGAAAUAUAUUUAUUCUGAUGAAUGUUAUGAGCUCUCAGUGGCCUGGUCCAAUUUGACUGGACCUAACUAAGAAUAACGUUCUAUAUGAAAAACUAGAGUAGAAACGUGGGACUUGAAGUAUAUCAAUUUAUCGAAACAUUGUUGGGGUUUAUAAUUUUCAUUAUUAUUUGAAUUCGAUUUGAAUGAUUGUUGCUUCGAAAUGGUUGCGAUGUGAUUGUACCUUGACAAUCAAUAGAGUACGUGUCGAGAAAAAAUGACCAUAUCUCAAAUAAUUAUGUGAGAUUUUUUAAAUUCUUCACCUCGUUGUGAACGUUUAUUCGUACUUUCGUUGGGAAUGAUUUUUAUUUUAUUAAAAUCUCAAAGAGCGCGUAUACCAUAAGAAUUUUAUAUCAAAAGGAGAGAGACAGAUCGAAAUGAAUGCAAAGGUCGAGGACCCCAUUUAUUAAAAUUGUCAAUAAAGAAAGAAAUAUAUAAUUCCGAGGAAAGAUGUUGAUUAUUUUCUUCAAUGAGGUAUUCAUUGAUGGAAAUUCAAUAUUCGGCAUUUUUUCCAAAGAAAAAUAGUUUUCAGUUGUAUUUUCAUGGGGAAAAAAGUAACGAGCGGUCUGCGAUUGUUCGAUUUGCUUCUUGUUAGUUUUUAAAAAAAACUAAAAUACAAGCACCAGAUUAGACAAUUUGGAUUUUGUUUUUUCGUGAUUGUACAAAAUGCAAAAUGUUAACUUACGACUGAAUCAGUGAGAAACAUAUCACUCAAAUGUGCCAAUCUCAGUUCAUAAAAAUUCAAGUGAUCCAUUUCCAUUAUCAUGAUUUCUUCGUCGAUGCUCCGGUACGAAUACGAGACGGUCAAUCAAACUAAAUGACCAAAUGUUGUAUAUAAAUAUGUUAUUAAAUGAACGGGUAUAAAAUUUGGAUGCGUGCAAUAAUUGCAUAUACAGAAAAACUUGGAGUACUUUAUUUUUCGAGUCCGACACGAAGUUGAUUGAAUGUUAAAUUUUCGAGUUGUUUGAAAAAAUAAAACUAAAUAAAAAAUAUAUCUAUGUAUAUUUAAAAGAUCGUUGAUAUAUUACAAUGUAUUUUUGUUCAAAGUGUCCGAUGGAUCAAGCAUUUAGAGAAUAAUCUAACUCUUCAAACGUUCGUAAACUCAACUUCGUUUUUUCUGUCGUCGUUGAAAUUAGAAAAACUGAAAUUUCAGUGUCUGUAUUUGUGAAAAAAAAAAUAAGAAGAUAAAUGUUGAAAUCAGAUUAUUUCGUGGUUCAAUGAACAUGAAAAACAUGUCAAAAAUCAUUCACAAAAUGGAGCCACUCAAGUUUGUUGUCAACUCGUCUCACCGAUAAUUCGUUUGAUUCAUUGUUAAAUUUGAAAAAAAAAGAUUUUCAGUACUUUAUGUUUUUCAUUACUUUCAACCAUUCUAUGCUGGAAAGGAUGGCUCUGCGUACAAUUUUCAUUUUUGAUGUUCAAUGCGAGGAAAAAUCUCGAAUUUUGGCUUCCCGUAAUAUUUCGGUGUUUAAGUUAAUGAAAUAAAAUAUCGUUCAGCUAUAGGAUCAUCCUCGAUACGAUGUUGAACAAUUGCGUGUUUUUCACGGCUCUUUCAUUGCCACCAAAGCCUUGCAACGUGGUAAUGUCAGUCGAAAUACCGAAUAUUUGUUGUUUUUGGCGGUACCUCAUUUUUCAAGAAACAAUGCACUCGCCAGACGUUCGCAUAAAUGGAGAUGACGUAAAGAAAAAUGUCAAAAAUACGAAAACUUGAUAUUUUCGAAGUAUUCUCCCAAUUGGAAAAACUCGUUCGUUUUUCAAGAUCCUUUUUCAACCAAUUGAAAUCGAAUGAAAUUUUGAAGGAUUCAUGAAAAACGAGAGAUGGAAAACGUGCUCAACGAGUCUUUUGUGAACGAUUCAUGUCGCUUGAAAAGUGCAUCGAAGAAAAAUGGAAGAACCAAAAUCGUUGUAUUGCAAAUAUCCAAUAAGUCUACGCGUUACGAGUUUAAUUCUUUCAUCGAACUCUGAUUCAUACACGAUAUAAUUUGACUCGCCCCUCACUCAUGGGCGUCAUUGUGACUGUAAACGACGAGGGUUCUAAAAAAUCAUUAAAUAUUUAAAGAGUAUGAGAAUGGAUGAAAAAAAUCUAGGAAGACAUAAUGACAUUGAAAAAGUGAAUGAGAAAGUCGAUGAGGACUGCAGAGGCUGAGUUUUCGCGAGGAAUGAGAAAUUUUCUUUCGACAAAUCACCAUUAUUGCCUGUUCCGAGAACUGGAACUGCCUGAUUUUAUUGAAUCUGUUAAAUCGAUAAUUUUCUAUGCGAAUCCGCUCUUGCGUCGUGAAAAAACAAAACUAUGAAGAUUUUUAUUCAAAAUAGGCGAGUGAUCGUAAUGACACUUUAAAAUAUCUUUGAAAUAAUGCUUUCGACGAUGAAAACAAUGACUUUGUUUUUGCAUUAUCAAGAUAAUCUUUCAAUCGCACGACUCUAGAAGUCGUUUUUAUUUUGAUGAAUGAAUCCUCAUAGAACAAACGUUAAUGCUAUUUAACAAUUGAUAGAAAAUGAAUUAUCAUAUCUUUGCUGGAUCAAAUAACGAGCGAGCAUGCAAUAAAUAUUUGUGAACAUAUGUUUGUGAGAGUGCCAGUCAGUCUCCAGUGUUAAAAUUGUUAUUCAAAUUAUGUAUCCUGCGUGUGACUAUUCUUGUCUUGAAAAUGAAAAGAUACCUUAAUCCCACCCCCUACUCCCCCCCCCCCCCCAUCGUGUGAACGUCGUAUUACUGAGUAUAGUUAAAUAUAAAAUAAUUUAACAAACAAAACAACAAUUAAAAAACAGAUACCGUAAUACUCGAUCACAAAUCAUCAGCUGGUUGUGAAUAAAUGUUAAAUACAAUAUCGGCUCGUAGACUUGUGUGGCAAAAUCGUUGUACGAGAUGUUGUUUUCACUUGAAAAUUCAUGUCGUUAAAGUGAUCGUUAUUCUUGGCCCUGUUGUCGAACGUUCGAGUAUUUCUAUAAUUUCAUAAAACUCUACACUGAACUACCGAGCAAAUUUAACGCAAGUCUUUCGAUGUUUGAAUUAUUUAGAACAAUUUCAGCGUUGUAAAAGCCGAAGGUAAAUUAUAUUCCUUCCAAAGUCUCUCUAUCGAAAAGCUUUAAGUUCUGGAAUUUCAAAUGCUCGUAAUUGCACGGAAAUUUACGAUGGAGGAAUUUAACGUCAAAACUUAGUCGACGAAGCAUCUCGUGCAAGAUUGAACCCGGACGGUCGUGUCCUCGAUAUUUUCUUUUUUCUGGCAUGCAAUAUGUGUGUAUUGACUAUGAAUUAUUACGUAUCAUCACGUAUUAUCCCGUCUGGAAAAAAAUGUACUAAUAUUUAUAAACGAAAACAAAUGAAACAAGGAAUUAUAUAGAAAUUAUGAUGAAAAUGUGGAUUAGUGAAAUCAAAACUAUGUGAGCGAAGAAGGCUCGAGGAAUUGAAAAAAAAAAAUGAAUAAUCGUCUAUUGUGGAAAACGUUGACGUUCGCCUAUGUUAUAUUGAAUGUUAAUACUGAUUUCAACCAAUUUUAACGUUACGAAAGAUUACCGUACAUACCAUACAUAUUGCAAGACACACACACACACACACACACAUACACAGUUUCCAUGAAUAUAACCGUGUGAAUAAUUAAAUCGUGAUUCGCGAAAUGGUAGCUCGUCAUUUCUCGUUUCCACAUCUAUGUUCCAUGGACAAUGACGAAUUAUUCUGUACCUAUGAGAAAGCCGAAGGAGUCAGAGCAAGUUAAACUGAAAAGAAAUUAAUGAAAGAUAUACGGAUUACAAAAAUCCUGUACACUGAACGUUAAACAUUGUCUAUUGUCUAUCAAACAAUUUUAUAACUUUCAUCUGUAUAAAUAAAUAGAAAAUAUUCUUCUGUAAA